AUGAUAAUUCAUUUGAAUGGCUGUAUUUAUAUAAACUAAAUUAAAAUUUAGUGGAGAUGGAUCAUAUGAUGAAGAUUUUAUAAAGUUUGGAAAUUGGAUUGAGAUUAGUGACAGGUUUAAGGACUUUUCACAAGUAGCUUAUAACGGUGAAUAUAGUAAAAACAUUGGUUGA